GAGUUUUAUUCUUUUGAUGGAAAGACGUUGAGUUUCUCAACAUCUCCGUCCUCCGAGUCCACCGCCAUCUUCGGCGUCAUCAUAACAGUACUUAGCCGGCACCGCUUACUGGUAACGUAGUGUAGCUGGUAGCCGGAAAAAUUCCCCGCCAGUGCCGACAGAUGUCUUCUCUUUCCACCGGGAGCCGCUAACUGCAUUCGAAUUUCGUUGAUCAUUGCGCUUUUUUUUUUGGCGGCACAGGUUACCAAUACCACCAUUGCUCAGAUGGAUCUUCAUACUGAAGAGUUGCCUCAAUACAUACAUAUAAAUCAGAAUGAAUUUUUCAUGAGAAGGCAUAAGAAGCAGAAGGAGGAGGAUAUUGCUAUAUGUGAAUGCAGAUUUGAUGCUGAUGACCCUGACAGUGCAUGUGGGGAUAGCUGCCUGAAUGUAUUAACCAGCACUGAAUGCACCCCUGGUCAUUGCCCUUGUGAUAUCUUAUGCAAAAAUCAGAAAUUUCAGAAGUGUGAAUAUGCAAAAACAAAGUUGUUCAAAACUGAAGGCCGUGGGUGGGGUCUGUUGGCUGAUGAGGACAUUAAGGCAGGACAAUUUGUCAUUGAAUACUGUGGGGAAGUGAUAUCAUGGAAAGAAGCGAAACGGAGAUCCCAGACUUAUGAAAUCCAAGGUCUUAAAGAUGCAUUUAUCAUUUGCCUUAAUGCAUCCGAAUCUAUUGAUGCAACCAGAAAAGGAAGCCUUGCUAGAUUUAUAAAUCAUUCCUGUCAACCGAAUUGUGAGACAAGAAAAUGGAAUGUGUUGGGGGAAAUAAGAGUCGGAAUAUUUGCAAAACAUGAUAUUCCUAUUGGAACUGAAUUGGCUUAUGAUUAUAAUUUUGAAUGGUUUGGAGGUGCAAAGGUUCGCUGCCUCUGUGGUGCACUUAAGUGUUCUGGAUUCCUUGGAGCAAAAUCUCGUGGUUUUCAGGAGGAUACUUAUCUAUGGGAAGAUGACGAUGACAGGUACUCUGUCGAAAAAAUUCCUGUAUAUGAUUCUGCAGAGGAUGAACUGGAGUCAAAUGUUAAUGGACGAACUGAACACUCUUUGGAUGUUACAGUUAAAGCUGAGCAACUAUCGGAGUCCACUGCUUUCCAUGUUCAGCCACUUGAUUCAGUUCAAAUGAAAGGUUUGGAUGUCAAGAAGAUUAAAACUGAUGUUGAAGGGGAGGAUAUGAACUUGUACUCGAAUGGUACAGAACAGACCCUUUCACAAAAGAAUGCAAUGAUAUCACGAAUUCGAGAUAAUGCUGCGGGCAGAAACUAUCGCCUUGGACCUAGGUCCAUGUCUACCAAAAGAUCAAGGGCAUACAACGGUGGAAGGUUUAAAAAUCUCAUAGAGAAGAAAGUUGAUGCAAAGUUUGCAGCUGGCCUCUUAGCAUCCAAGGAAGCACAAGGGGAGAUUUUAAAUUGUGAGAAAAGAAAGGAUGAUGCUACAUCUGCUCUUGAUUCCUUAUACGAUGAAAUACGGCCUGCCAUUGAGGAACACGAGAGGGAUAGCCAAGACAGUGUAUCCACCACUGUAGCAGAGAAAUGGAUACAGGCUUGUUGCCUGAAAUUGAAGGCGGAGUUUGACCUCUACUCGUCAAUUGUCAAAAAUGUUGCUUGCACUGCGCAAAAAGCACCUGGCCAAGCAAAACCUCCUGACGUAGAUAAUAACGAAAACGAAAUUAAGCUAUUGACAGACGUCAGUGUCGGGUUGACUGGAUGCAUCAGAACGAAUUGUUAAUUCUUGGCUUAGGUAUGGAUCAUGGAUAUUCCACGAGGAUGUGUCUGUUGCUAGUGACCUUGGUUUUGAUCAACCUGUGUGGCACCCAACAAGUUGUGGUAUCCUUUCUUUGAAAGCGGCUUCUAUUUAUGUUUGUUCUCCUGAUUCUACAAUUACAUGGGCUAAGUGCUUGUGGUCUAGCUCUAUCCCUCUUUCACGCUCAUGUUUAGUUCAGAGACUUUUGCAAUAUCGGCUUCCUAUUGUUGAUCAACUACGUCCUAUAAGUAUGGUUUUGGUAUCGAUUUGUGGCCUCUGUGAAUUAUUUGACGAAUCCUUGAAGCAUCUAUUUUUGAGAUGUAAAUUUGCUUAUUCACUUUGGACUUAGUUGUAACAUGUUUUAAACUUG